AAGUGUACUAGUAGGUAGUACAAAAAGAUAGUAAUGUGAUUUAAAAACGAUAAAAGUAAAAUAGUCCAUAUUUGCUAACAGUACAUUCGAAAGUAAAAUAUCAUUCCUGCAGGCCUAAUAACGAAUCCGUGCACUUAUAACAAUUUUUUCGCAUAAAUUUCGCUUCGAUCGUCGAGAUUGCACCUUACGCACGCGCACCACGGAAAAUAAUUGAUCGCAAACUCGCCCAGUGGAAAGAAAAGUGGUCUAAUGUAAAUCAACUAGAAUACCAACACACGUGAAGGCACCGGCAAAAAAAAAAUGCACACACGGACUUGCAGAGGCAAGCACCGUGACCGUGGAUAAAAAUCAUCAGCAGUGCAUUCGAAGACCCAUUGACGAACUAACCACCGAUGAAGGUGGAGCGGAUCAAGGAGUGACCCACAAAUGGAUUGGUGACUUUAGUGCUGAAGUGUAGUGACAUUGGUUCAAAAUGACUGCCAUAUUGUUGAUCGCUUGUAUGGUGGUGGCGCAAGCGAGGGCCGGUAUAGUUGAGUUGAACUGCAGUGAUAAUGCAACGUGUAUUGAGCAUAUGGCGAGGGAGUUUGUGAGGAGCAUGAGACAGCAGAGAGCGGUGAAGGUGUUCGACGUGCUGACGAUCGAGCCGGUGGCAGUGAAGGGGUUACGGCAAGCGAGGUCGAGGCAGGGAUUCCUGUCGAGGUUCCUGGAGAGUCACGCGUUCAGCUUCGACUGGAACGACUGGUCGUUUCGGUUGACCAAGCCUGAGGAGAGGAGCGGUGUCGUGGACUUGGAAGUUUACGAGAGCAGAACUGCUAAAGAUGUUUCGGAGCAAGUGCCGAAGAAAUCCAACAGCAAGGUGGAGGAAGAAGAGGAUAAAACGCCAAAACGAACCGGCCUAAAAAGACGACAAAAGAAGAAGGUACUCCAAGCAGUCAUCCCGCUAAUGUUCGGCAUGAAGUCAGCCGGCGCGGUCAUAUUCUCUAUGGCCCUGGUCACUGCACUCACACUGAAGGCCUACGUGGCUAGCAAGCUGGCCCUGAUGGUGACUGUUGGCAUGGCGAUCAAGAAGCUGUAUGAGACUUACGGUCAAGGCGUCGGUUUACAAAACCAUCCAUACCUUUACUCGCAAUACCCAAUCGAUUUCCCGAGCGCUUCAUCGCAGCACACAUACUCCGUCCCAGGGAUGAAUGCCCAAUUCGGUCCGGAGAUGUACAAUCCAGCUUUAGCACCUCAUUCUCAUGAGCUGCUUCAGCAGAAUGAUGCAAGUGCACAGCAGUCUCAGCAACAGCCCACCUUACUCGUCAACUCCACCAGGGCGUCAGAAAGAUGGGAUGGGUUCCGGAGACGUCCAAUGUCCUAUGGAACAUCGCGCGCUACAUCAAGAGCUUAUUCGGGUUCCCGGACUUAGCUGUCAGCGAACCAUCAAUGCCCAUGCCUAUGUAUGUCAUGCCCACGCCGAUGGAGAUGUAUGGGCAAAUGGGCCAGCCCAUGGUCAUGCCUGAGAUGCAACAGAUACAUCAAAUGCAGAUGGCAAUGGUAUGAUUGGACAUCUGGACGUUAGACAGCGGCUAAGCGAUCAAGUGACGAUUGAUUUUGUUAAUGAGCUAAAUGUCAGAUCACCACGUCAGCUUGAUCCGUUGCCUUUUUGUGAUAAACGUGGUGAUCUGACAUUUAGCAAUUCUCUCAGCGCAAUGUUUUAAAUUCAUUGUUCUUUUUCUUGAUUUGAAUUUCAAGCAUUGCGCUUUCUGCCCGGACGUUUUUUCUGAAAGACUGAUUUUUUCUAAGUGCGAGCCCGUCGACUUAAUAUUCGAAUUGUUUUAGGUAAUUUAUUUUAAUUGUAAGAGUUGUUAUAAGGCUUAUUUAUGCGGCACGUUAAAAUAAAUAAGAGAAACUUA